AUUCGUAUAUAUAGAUAUAUAUAGAUAUAUAUAUAUAUAUAUAUAUAUGUGUGUGAGUGUGUGUACGCGCGCGCGCGCGUUGCAUGUUUAUGCUACUUAUCAUAUUGGGACUCAACUGUACCUGAAUGUUUGGUGAUAGAAAAAGCAGCAGUUACAGCUAGCAGAUUGUCAGCUCGAUAACAACAGCAAUGGGCUUAAAGGGGUGUCUAAAGACGACGAGAGUUUUUUAUUUUUUGACCAUUCUGCUGAUAGUCUUCUUCAAAGGAAUAACGUCAGAUGAAGAGCAACACGGGAAUGACGGCCCAGAGCUGAAGUCUUACCAUGAUCCAGACGAUGAAGAGGAAGCCGUCCAUCUUGCGUCAGUAAUUGUGGCAGGUGCCUCGGUGACCUCUGGUCAUGAAGUCUCCCAGCCAGAAGAGGAGAAAAAGUCACCUGGAGAUGGACUGGAGGGAGAGGAGAAGGAGGACCUGCCUGACCAGCCUCCUCCAAUUGCAGAGAAACCCAAGGAGGUUCCUGUGGUGAAUGGAGGUACAGCCCACGGAGAGCCCUGCCUCUUCCCAUUCCUCUUCCAGGGAAAGGAGUAUUCGGACUGUACCACUGAUGGACGGGGGGAUGGACGGCUGUGGUGUGCCACAACUUACGACUAUGACCAGGAGAAAAAGUGGGGUUUCUGUGAGACGGAAGAGCAGGCACAGCAGAGACUGCAGGCAGAAGAGGCUGAGGAGCAGUAUCAGAGUGUCCUUCGCAUACUCAAUGCCACCACCAGGAAGACACAGAAGAAAGAAUUAUAUGAAAAGCUGCUCAAAGUAGCAGAGAAGGGCCACCACAAAGCCAUGGAGAAGGUGGCCUACGCCAUGCUGUUUGGAGAUUACAUGAACCAGAACGUCACCAAGGCAAAAGAAAUGUUUGAGAGGCUUGCCCUAGAGGGCUCACCCAAAGCUCAGAUGGCUCUUGGCUUUCUGUAUGCUGCAGGACUUGGAGUUAAUUCGAGUCAAGCUAAGGCCUUGGUUUAUUACACCUUCGGUGCACUCGGUGGAAACUUGGUAGCUCAUAUGAUUCUGGGAUACAGAUACUGGGGAGGUGUGGGUGUUCCCCAGAGCUGUGAGUCAGCACUAACACACUAUAGACUCGUUGCAAAUCAGGUGGCCAGUGACGUGUCCCUGACAGGGGGCUCAGCUGUGCAGAGGAUCAGGCUUCUGGAUGAGGUGGAGAACCCGGGCUCCACCAGUGGGAUGCUGGAGGAGGACCUGAUCCAGUACUACCAGUUUCUCGCUGAGAAAGGAGAUGUACAAGCCCAGGUGGGAUUGGGUCAGCUUCACCUGCAUGGAGGACGUGGAGUUGAACAAAAUCACCAGAGGGCGUAUGACUACUUCACUCAGGCUGCAAAUGCAGGGAAUACACAUGCUAUGGCUUUCCUCGGCAAGAUGUACUCAGAGGGCAGCGAGUUUCUCCCUCAGAACAACGAGACAGCCCUGCAGUACUUCAAGAAGGCUUCAGACUUGGGUAAUCCAGUGGGACAGAGCGGCCUGGGCAUGGCCUAUCUAUAUGGAAGAGGUGUCCCAGUGAACUAUGAGCUGGCACUGAAAUACUUCCAGAAGGCAGCAGAGCAGGGCUGGGUGGACGGACAACUCCAGCUGGGCACCAUGUAUUACAAUGGCAUUGGUGUGAAGCGUGAUUACAAACAGGCACUCAAGUUCUUCAACUUGGCCUCGCAGGCAGGCCACAUCCUGGCUUUCUACAACUUGGCCCAAAUGCACGCCACUGGUACUGGUGUGAUGCGAUCCUGCCACACUGCCGUGGAGCUUUUCAAGAACGUGUGUGAGCGCGGUCGCUGGUCGGAGCGUCUGAUGACGGCCUACGGCAGCUUUAAGGAGGGAGAGACAGAUGCUGCACUGGUGCAGUAUCUGCUGCUGGCUGAGCAGGGCUAUGAGGUGGCCCAGAGCAACGUGGCCUUCAUUCUGGACCAGAAAGGGGCUAAGAUCUUCAGUGAGAAUGAAACCUAUCCCCGCGCUUUGCUCCACUGGACUAGAGCUGCAGCACAAGGUUACACUGUGGCAAGAAUAAAACUAGGGGACUAUCACUUCUAUGGCUACGGGACCGAUGUGGAUUAUGAGACAGCUGUCAUCCACUACAGGCUGGCAUCAGAGCAGCAGCACAGUGCCCAGGCCAUGUUCAAUCUGGGCUACAUGCAUGAGAGAGGCUUGGGCAUCAAACAGGACAUCCAUUUAGCAAAGCGUUUCUACGACAUGGCCGCUGAAGCCAGUCCUGAUGCCCAGGUCCCAGUUUUCCUGGCUCUGUGCAAGCUUGGCCUGAUUUACACGCUUCAGUACCUGCAGGAUCUUAAUUUGAAGGAGCUGAUUUCUCAGGUGGACCUGGACCAGCUUCUGGGCCCAGAGUGGGACCUCUACCUUAUGACCGUCAUCGCCCUGCUCUUAGGCACCAUCAUCGCCUACCGACAGCGCCAGCACCAGAUCAUAGUGCCGCUCCGUCCACCUGCCCCUGCCCCUGCCCCAACGCCCCCUCCCGGUCCACCUCAGGAACAGCCACAAGCCCAAGCCGAGACCCAAGGUCAGGGAGAAACACAAACCCAGGGCCCGGCGCAGGAGGAAGAGGAACAGCAGUGAGAAAAAGCCAGACGGAGUGAGGGCAGGACUAGACAGACAGAGGCUGUGCCAGCCCGCUGCAUCGAGCAGCUGGUUCUAGUUUGAGCAACACUCCCACUCUGCCUGCACCCCUCCAAAUGCUAAAAAAAGAGGCUAAGAUCGCUGCUGAUGCGCACAGUCUCACAACGCCCUUUCUGGAUUUAAAAUAUGUUGGUCCUUUGCUUAGAGAAAGGCAUUGGAGGUUUUUAUGCACAGUGCUGCAGAACAGAGUGCUGAGAGGAUAAUAGAGACUUGGGACUUGUUAUUCUGUGACUCAGGAUACUGCCAGAAACACCCAUGUCCACCAUGGAGAAAUAGUCUUGCAGUUGCCAGAUCAAAGACAUUUUGAUCAACAUAGUUGGAAUCUUGUAUGUGCAUUAGUUACUUCUCACGUUCCUUUUUUGAGAAAAUUACACUCAGUUGAACUGCUUCAAUCCUAAUUUUGCGCAGUAUUUAGAAAAAAUUCAGUGGGAAAAUGUGAACUAAGAUGCUAGCCUGGGUCUAGUUGCUAAAAGAAGUCAUAUUUUUGCAUGUUUUGCAGAAUUUAGGCAUCUUUUUUCAUACACCCAGGGAGUGAACACGUUUUGCAUUCAUUUUUGCAUCGCAAAUUUGUGUUCAUUAGUUAUUUGUUUCAUUGACAUGUUGUCGGGUCAGUACCUUUUGCAUAUCUGCAAAUCACAGAGAAACAGUUUUGUUCAUUCAGCAUUAGUGACUGCUAAAAUGUACUAAAGCCAUGUUAUGUCAACAGUAUAAGAACAAGAAAUAUGUUAAAUGGUUUACUUUAACUGGUAGAAAAGCUGGACUGGAUGCUUGUUUGAUAAAUGAUUUAACUUUAGGCACACAA